AUGAAUCCAAUUAUGGAUUACGAUAAGUUAUUUCACGAACAUGCAUCGCAUAUUACAAAAAACCUCGACUUUUAUCAACCAUUCGAGUGUCUUCGCGAAAAAUGGACGAAUAUCGCUAGUUCCUACUCACCCGAGACCGUGGAAUUUAUCGGCACAUUUACCACACAUCUCGUCGCAUACUGGCUGGUUUCAUUACUCUUUACGAUUAUAGAUCUUAUUCCUGCUGCCCAGAAAUACAAGCUACAGUCGGCAUCGAAACAACCCUCUCGCCACGCUCUGAUUAAAUGCUUCUUCGGCGCUCUAGGAAACCAAAUGCUUACAUCGACGCUGCAUUUCCUGCAACUGUUCGUCCUUCGACGUCUUUUGCACAUUAGAGCCGUAUACCGCAUCGAGCCUGAUCUCCCGUCCAUCGCCGAGAUUGUUGUUUCAACUCUGUUUUGCGCCCUCGGAAGGGAGAUUAUAUUCUACUACGGUCAUCGGCUGCUUCAUCACCGGUUCAUGUUCCGGCACUUUCACAAACAGCACCAUCAAUUCACCACCCCGGUGGCGCUGGCUAGUGAAUACUGCCACCCACUUGAGCAUAUCCUGUCCAACAUCCUCCCCAUUAUCAUCCCUCCCACGCUACUACGAGUUCACAUAAUUACGUUCUGGCUGUUCAUAACGGGGGCUAUUAUGCAGGCCUCUAUUGCCCAUAGUGGAUACGAUCUAGGCAGUAUUUGUGGAUGGAGACCGGAAAUACAUGAUUACCACCACUCGAUGUUUAAUGUGAACUAUGGACUGUUGGGGUUGAUGGAUAGUUUGCAUGGGACUAGGUAUACAGGGAAGUCUAAGACAGCUUAG